CUAUCCCCUUUCCCAAGCUUGCGACGUCCCCAAAGCUAGUAGUUCUGAAGUACUGAACACAAUUAGAAGCUCAUCCAGUCUUAAGUGCGGUACUUGCUUUUGAGAACGCCUGCCAAGUUUGCUCGCAAAUGAAACGGCCAAAAGUGCACAGGCCUCUCACGCUACGACGAUGCACAUGGGUACUGGUAAAAUAACCCCAUCUUGGCAGUAAAACCCUGGAACAAACAGUCGCUCACAUCGUCAGUUCGUCACGUCUCAGUGACGUCUGUGCUCUUCCGUGUGCCCUCGAGUCUAUGCAUGCAGACCGCAGCUUUCACAAACUCAAGAGAAAACAAUUGUCUUGAUAAGAUUGAUGGUCUGGUGCUGAUUCAAGACGCAAUCAGCGCCGAGUAUGCCGACCAACUUUUACGCUUGCUGCCGAGAGAAGUGCUCGUUAAUGACAAUAGUCAAUUGAAGACACCGCAAGGCUCUAGCUCAACGGCCUCUGUCCAGAUGCACCACUUCUCCCCUCUACCAGACUACCUCACAUUCAUUUCCGAGGACGUCAUCCCAGACGAUUGGAAGACUGAGCACUGGCAAGGCUUUGACUGCGAGGCGGCCAUCAUACAGCGGUAUAAGCCCGGGCAAGGCAUCGACUGGCAUGUUGAUCUGCUCCGCUUUGACGACGGAAUCGCAAUUUUGUCACUCCUGAGCUCUGUGCGAAUGCUCUUUCGGCGAGUUGACCACCGAUCUGUCACAAAAUCUGUUGUACUGCACCCGCGUUCACUGCUCCUGAUCUCAGGUCAUGCACGGUAUAAGUGGGAGCACUGCAUAGAAAGCAUCGAAAGCGACAUAAUCGAUGGCCAAACCAUUGCCCGUCGUGAUCGCAUUAGUAUCACCAUGCGGCGAGUCAAGGACAAGCACUUUGCAUGAUUUGAAGCAGGGCUGCAGCUAUUGUAAAACGCUUUGUAGAAAUCGUGCUAACGCUUGCGCUCAAAGUAAGCACUGCUGCUCAUGUAGCCAAUGCUGACGUCCAUGACCCAUUCUCCAACGCCGAGAUAGCGGUCUACUGCGCCUCGAAUGUCCUUGUUUUCAAUACUACUGGUCUUUGGAGACAAGCCCGUGGAGCGCUUUAUGCCUGCGAGCAUCGCAGAGACGACGACAGCAUCAAAAGAGUAAUGUACGAGCUUGCCAAUCUGCAAAAAACGAGGUUAGAUUAAGGUGGACAGAAGAGUAAAGUGAGUGAGCAUGCGUACCAUUGGUAGCAAAGGAGCGAAUAAAGAUGACAGGAG